UAUUAAUGUCUAGACAAGAGUUUAAAAAUUGUUAAUCAUAACAAUCAGCUCAAUCAUUCAGAUAGGAAUCAGAAUACUCAUAGUACCAAAAAGUAGUUUUAGGAGAUGGUGUAUUUUAUCUCUGAAUAAUUAGAUUCAAUAUAUUAAGGAGAAUGGUAAAAUAAUAAAAGACAUGGUAAAGGGAUUCAAAUAUUUCCAAAUGGUAAAUAAAGAAAUCUAAAAAAGGAAUAAUUUUUGAGGGAGUUUGGGAAGAUCACAGAAUAGUUGGGAAAGUUAUAAAGAUUGAUGGCGAGAUUAUAGAUUGUGUUAUAGAAAAUAAUUAAAUAGUGAAUAGUUCAAAAAGCAUUAUAGAAGAAGACUUGGAGCAUUUGUUAAAUGAGAGAUAGGAUAAAAUUUACACUUCAGAAAAGAUCAAAUAACUAAUAGGAAAUUUAAACUUUUAACGCUUAAUUAAAGAUGAAAUAGAAUAUGAAGGGUAAGUAGUGGAUGAUAUGAAACAUGGUUUAGGAGUUGCAAUAUUGUUAGAUGGUAAAAAAUGAUGAUUAAAUAAAAUUAGGUUCAGUUUAUGAAGGUCAGUGGAAGAAUAACAAAUAGCAUGGAUAUGGUAAGAAAACAUAUUAGAAUGGGGAUAUAUUUAGUGGGUAUUGGUAUGAAGGUGAGAUUUAUGGUUAUGGAGAAUAUCAUUAUUAAUAAGGUGCAACUUAUGUUGGAUAUUGGAAGAAUAGUUUAAAACAUAUUUAUGGAAAGGAAUCAUGGAUAGAUGGAGCAUCUUAUGAAGGGGAAUAUUAUGAAGGGAAGAAGAAUGGAAAAGGUAAGUUGGUUUUUUAAGAUGGAUCAUAUUAUGAAGGGGAGUUUGAGAUGGAUGAUAUACAUGGAUAUGGAUAAUAUCAUUGGAUUGAUGGAAGAUAAUAUGUAGGUGAUUGGGUAUACAAUAAAAUGUGGGGUAUAGGAAAGACAACUUGGGCAGAUGGAAGAUCAUAUGAAGGAGGGUAAUGAAGUAGAUUUAUAAUAGAUAUUUGGAUGAUAAGAAAUAAGGAUUGGGGACAUUUAUUUGGAAUGAUGGUAGAAAAUAUAUAGGAGAAUGGAAGUAGGGAAAAUAGCAUGGGAUUGGAUUAUAUUAGGCACCCUCUGGUGAAUAUAGAUAUGGAGAAUGGGCUGAAGGAAAAAGAGUAAGAUGGUUAGACAUAAAGGAAGAUAAAGAAAUAAUUGAUGCUUUUUUACAUAAGAACACUGAAAUUGAUCAUAGGAAUGCAUCAUUUUAUAACAGCCAUAUUUCUGAUUCAUCUUUAAAUGGAAGUGAUAGAUCUCAUGGCAAAAAAGUUUAUUAAUUAACGUUGUCAGAUAGUAAAUAUUAAAUGAAUGAUUAGAGAGUAUUUAUAUAGGAGAAUUAUUUAAAUAGAAGAGAGAAGGAUGGGGUAAAUUGAUAUGGAAAGAUGGUAAGGAUAGUCUUAAUAAUUAUUAGGCUCAAUAUAUGAUGGAGAAUGGAAAGAUGAUGAAUGUAAUGGCUUUGGAAGAUAUAUUAGUUGCGAAGGGGAUGUAUAUGAAGGAGAAUGGAAACAUGAUAAAGCUAAUGGACAUGGUAUAUUUACGAACAAUGAUGGUGUUAUAUAUGAAGGUAAUUGGAAGAAUGAUAAAUAAAAUGGAUAUGGCAAAUAGAAAUGGCCUGAUGGACUAUAUUAUGAAGGGUAAUUUCUGGAGGGUAAGAAAUAAGGAUUUGGAAAGAUGAUAUAUCCUGAUGGAUCUUAUUAUUAAGGGACUUUUGUAAAUAACUAAAUAGAUGGUGAAGGUUUGCAUGUUAAUAUUGAUGGAACUAGAUAUGAAGGUUCAUUUAAAAAUGGUAUGAAACAUGGGAGAGGAACUUUGAUAAGUCCAGAUGGAAAUAUAUUCAUUGGAAAGUAAAUUGAAAAUUAUGUAAGUUUAGUUUUGAAUAAGACAAAUAAAUUGGAGAAGGAAGAGUGGAAUAUCAUAAUGGUAAACUAUUUUUGGGAGAAUGGGUGAAUGGAGAACGUCAUGGAAAAGGCAAAUAUAUUUAUAAAGAUGGAAGAGUCGUUGAAUGUAUGUGGUAUAAAGGGAUGAAGAUAGAAAAAUGA